CUUUUUCAUCAGACAUUGUCAAUAUUAAGUACUCUCAAAUACUGUCAAUAUUAAAAAUCUGAUCAUAUUUGAUCAUAUCAAUAUGUCUUUACUUGGAAGAGUAGCACGAGUGGUAAAGAGCUGUGGUAGAAUACAACCCAUAUUUUUCAAGAACGAUAUGCGUCCUAUAAGCUACCUAGCAGUCCAACACGAAUCAGUCAAGGAUAUGAUAGCGCGAUACGAGUGCAUCUUCGGCCGAGAAGACUCUGAUGGUUGGGACGUGCGCCAAGCUAUGAACGAUUUAACAGCCUACGACUCUGUUCCCGAGCCGAGAAUCAUCAUCGCCGGACUGCACGCUUGUAGGCGCUUGAACGACUAUGCUCUUUCUGUGAGAUUUUUAGAGAUGGUAAGGAACAAGUGCGGCAAUAACGUUGAUUCUAUUUGGCCAUACAUUCUUCAAGAAGUAGGACCAACAGUAGCGGAGUUGGGGUGUGAUUUUCCCGAAAGUUUGGGAUACGACAAGCCAGAGUUGUGGUGGGAGUCGGUAUUUGAUAUGUAGGUGAACAAUUUAACAUAUUUUUAUACCUUGGUCUGAGUUUGAAGUAAAAUAUAACCUAG